CCCUUUUACCCUAGUACCACAGACUGUCUUUACUGUGCAAUUUCCCAUCCCGUCUCCAGCGGUACAGAACCGGACCAUCCUGUGCUGGAGGUGGGUUUGGGUUCGGACUCAGGUGGCAGGGAGGUCAGAGGCUAAAGGCUGCUUUUACCCAUAAUUCCCGUUUGUAGAACACGCAGCCAUCUUGGAUCUACGAGGAGAAGAGAAAUUAAUGCGGUGACAAACAGCAUGUUUAGUGCUACAAGAAAGAAGUUUGUAGAGGGGGUCGAAAGUGACUACUCUGAUGAAAGCAUGUACUACCAGCCAUCGAUGUUCCCACAUCGAUCAGACAAAGACAUGUUGGCGUCUCCAUCACCAUCGUCGUCCAAUCAGUUGUCCCAGCUCGGCGCAAGUUUAUACGGACCACAAACGCAAGGAAACGACUGUGCGAUGAAGAACAGCGGCAUCUGGCCAGGCGCGCUAGGCUUUCCCAUGCGGGGCAUGAGCAACAACAACCCCCAGCUAAACCGCAGCCUGACGCAGGGCAGCCAGCUGCCGAGCCACGUCACCCCCACCACGGGCGUGCCCACCAUGUCGCUCCACACGCCGCCCUCGCCCAGCAGGGGGAUCCUGCCCAUAAACACGAGGAACAUGAUGAACCACUCCCAGGUGGGGCAGGGUUUGGGGAUGGGCAGCCGGACCAACAGCCUGAGCGGCUCGGGCCUGGGCAGCCCCAGCCGGAGCUCCCCCAGCAUCAUCUGCAUGCCCAAGCAGCAGCCGUCCCGACAGCCCUUCACCAUCAACAGUAUGUCCGGGUUUGGAAUGAACCGGAAUCAGGCCUUCGGGAUGAACUCGCUAUCGAGCAACAUCUUCAACGGAACAGACGGGAGCGAAAACGUGACGGGGCUGGAUCUCUCCGACUUCCCGGCGCUGGCGGACCGGAGUCGGAGGGAAGGAAGCGGCAACCCCACGCCGCUGCUCAACCCGCUGGCAGGGAGGGCCCCCUACGUCGGGAUGGUCACCAAGCCGUCGACGGAGCAGUCCCAGGACUUCUCCAUCCACAACGAGGACUUCCCCGCGCUACCCGGCCCCAACUACAAGGACCCCACGUCCAGCAACGACGACAGCAAGUCCAACUUGAACUCGACGGGCAAGAGUUCAUCCAGCACGGACGGGCCCAAGUUCCCCGGGGACAAGAGCUCGACGGCGCAGAACAACAACCAGCAGAAGAAAGGGAUCCAGGUCUUACCCGACGGCCGAGUGACGAACAUCCCCUCUGGGAUGGUAACAGACCAGUUCGGGAUGAUCGGGUUGCUAACCUUCAUCCGGGCGGCGGAGACGGACCCGGGGAUGGUGCAUCUGGCGUUAGGCAGCGACUUGACGACACUAGGACUCAACCUCAACUCUCCAGAAAACCUAUACCCCAAAUUUGCGUCUCCCUGGGCGUCAGCACCCUGUCGACCUCAGGACAUUGACUUUCACGUUCCAUCCGAGUAUUUAACCAACAUUCACAUAAGGGACAAGCUGGCUGCCAUUAAGCUGUCCCGGUACGGUGAAGACCUGCUGUUCUACCUGUACUACAUGAACGGGGGGGACCUGCUACAGCUGCUAGCAGCGGUGGAGCUUUUCAACCGGGACUGGAGGUACCACAAAGAGGAGCGGGUAUGGAUCACGCGGGCGCCAGGCAUGGACCCCACAUUAAAGACCAACACCUACGAGAGGGGGACGUACUACUUCUUCGACUGUCUUAACUGGAGAAAGGUAGCCAAGGUAAAGGAGUUUCACCUGGAGUACGAAAAGCUGGAAGAGAGGCCUCACGUGCCGUCCACCUUCAACUACAACCCGGCCCAGCAGGCCUUCUGAGGCGCUCCCCCCCCACCCCACCCUGACCGCGGGGGUGCGGCCGCCUCGGGGGCGUCGCUCACCCAAACCGGUCGACACGACAACUGAGGCGUUCUGGCAACUAACCCGGGGGCCGAGGGCUCGGCAUUCCGGGGCCCGGCCUAGCGAAUUAUGUGCUGCCCAAAACACACAGCGUUUAUUCCUUUUUUUUAUUUUUUUAUUUUUUUGUUUCUACCGGUUUAUUAUUUUUUUUGUUUGUUUGUUUGUUUGUUUGUUUUUUUUUCCGUUCCGUUUUUUUGUUUUUGUUUUUGUUUUUGUUUGAGCCAGGGUAUGAUUUUUCGUUUACGCCUCUCUUUAGCAAAUGCCCGUCUCGUUGGAAACAAAAGCCAGAAGCGUGCUCGAUUUUCCGUUUUUUUUUGGUUUUUUCCCCCUCCGUCCGAAGCUUGGAAAGCUGCGCGUUAACAGCUGGAGGGAAAGAAAGCGCACCGGCAGAUCCGUGAUGGCGUGGAGGGAGAAGGGAGGGUGAAACGGGAGAAAAUGCCACGUUUCGUCUGGGCCCUGUUUGGCAUUUAACAAAAAAAAACAGACAAAAUGUUUGUGUAUUUUUUAUGUGAAGACAUACUUUGUUUGGAGAGCCGAGAGCCUGUACUUGAAUUUACGCUUUUAACCCCUCCCCCCCUGUUUAACAUAUCCCCGCCCCCUUCCGUUUCCCACCACGCCCACUUCAACCAGUCGCUUAGCGACGGGCAUUUACCUGAGGCUUUUUUUUUUUUUUUUUUUUUUUUUUUUUUUUUUAAAGCUACAAUAAAUCAAUCUGAGACUGUUUUAGUGAACGUUCUCGCAAACCCGUUGGACAAUCUCCUCUGGGGUGUGGCGAGUUCGAGUUCUUACUGAUCUUCAUCGUUCCAGAACGAGCGGAAAACACUGUCCAGUCUUUGUUACGAUUUUGUAAUAAACGUGUACAUUUUUUGAAUUUUUGGACAUCACACGAAUAAAGAUAUGUAUGUA